UUUCGAAAUAUCGUGAAAAUUGAGCACACGAGGUGUAAUUAUAGCAUGUAGUAUUAAUAUAAGUUGUAAAAACGACAUGUAAUUUUGUUAACUUGGAUUGGAAAGUAUAUUCGGAGUACAGAAACAGAUUGUAGAAAACUGUAUCCCUAAGCCGUUCCGAUUCUUUUCCCAUCUUCCCUUUGCAAUCUUCCGCCAACUACAAUUUGUUCUUGUUGAUUUUCUUAACUUUUAGUCUGUAGCCCACUUUAAUUAACUAAUUGAUUUUGGGUUUUGUUCUCUGCUUGAUAAUAUCCUUUGCAGGAAGAACGAGGAACGAGGUAGAGAAAUUGCUGGAUAAUAUAUAGAAAAAUGGGAAGCAGGCCUUCUUCUAAACGAAAGUCGAGAGGCGACAAAAUUUCAUCCAAGAAGAAGAGUAGAAGAAAGGAAUCAAAGAAGCGUCGCCGGAGUUAUGAUUCAGUUAGUUCAUCUUCUGAUGAUGACUCAUUGUACUUGGAGCAUAAAUCCUCCACUUCAAAAUCUGAUCAUAGGAGAAGGAUAACUAAAACUAACAAGCGACGUCAUGACUCUCGUUUGUCAGAUUAUCAGUCAGAUUCUGAUUCCUCAUCCACCGAUGACAAUGAUUACAAAAUGAGGAAGGCCCGACGGUCACGAGUUGGCUUAAGAGAUGUAAAAAGAAAACGCCGCAAGAGAUCUAUCAGCAGCAUUGCUGAUGUAGAUGCAACAGGUGGGCGAAAAAGGAAAAGAUCAGGCAAAGAUCAUGUCAUUAAGCCAAUAAAGAAAUCCUCAAAGAAGAAAUCCAGAAAUGUCGUGUACAGUUCUUCAGGCUCUGAUUCUAAAAGCCGCUCCUCAUCCCAAAGUAGAAGUAGAAGCAGAAGCAGUAGCGGAGAUGAUAAGCGUCAAAAGAAUAAAGUAGUUCCUGAUAAGGAAAAGGAAAGGCUGAGACGUAGGCAAUCACACAUGGAUAAGCAGAAGCACGAAGAUAGGAGUCCAAGUUGUACUUCAAUUGGUAGGGGGGGCGACCCCAGUUUUAGUGUAAGUAGCAGUGACAGGGAACCUUUUCCCGUUGACAACUCUAGACGCCUGAGGUCCGUUAUUGCUGUUGCUGAUCAACCCCGUGGUAAAGACGAGAAUAGAUGGGAGAUGGAUCCUCAUAAAGAGGAGAUUGUGUACGAUCAAAAUGAUUAUCCUUCUCCAAAAAGUUUUGACAGUAAUGAAGGCGGAAGUAAGAUGGAGUCAGGUAACCGAUCGAGUCUUGCAUUCAGUGACAGGAUAUGCCUAGAAAAUAUUGCUGGUGACGAAGUAUGCAAACUGGGAAAGUCUAGAAUUGAUGAAGGUAAUCAUCAUCAGUCAGAAGGGCACAUAAAUAAAUCUAAGGAGAAAGAGAUUGAGACGUCUGUUCCUGUUGCUGCUCCAGGAGGGGAUGCUCUGGAGUCAAUUCUUAGGCAGAAAGCUUUAGAAAAUCUGAGGAAGUUUCGAGAGAUGCCCCAAACUCGUCCAAGGAGCAAUAUGGUGGAGAGAUUUAAUGAGACUAAUGUGGCCACAUUUUCCGAUAGAACAGUUGAUAUUGUUGAGAAUUUUUCAAUAGAGCAUGGUGUCUCUGAUGCUCAAGAAAUGAAUAAUCAGCGAAAUGGGCUCCCGGAUAGUGCACACAUUGAGGAGAGACCUCGAAUGCUCCCAGAUAGCGAACACGUUGAGGAGAGACCUGGAAUGCUCCCGGAUAGUGAACACGUCGAGGAGAGACCUCAAAUGCCUAGUCCAAGUAUCACACCUUCACGCAAUGGAUCAGCACUCCUAGAAUGUUCGCAGGAAGAUAAAAGAUCACAUUCUCCUGCUGUUGAGGUCAAAGCUGUAUCAGGAAAUGACACGAGUACUGGAGCUGGAGUUACACAAGCGUUCAGUUCUUCUAAUGUUGAACUGACUUCUGGGGAGCAUAGCUCUGGACAAACAAAGGACAGUUCUCAGUUUGAAAAGAAAACGAUGACAGUGAUGAGGGGAGGCGAACUCGUACAGGUGAGCUAUAAGGUAUACAUCCCAAAAAAGGCCCCUGCUCUGGUCAGAAGGCAGCUCAAGCGGUAAGGAAAUAAGAAUUGGAUUUUGGCUUAUAAUGCAUUCAAAAGAGAUUCUAGUUAAGCUUUCUUGUUUAUGUGUGACAUUCAUUUCGGAUCAUCUGGAAAAAUAAAUGUAUGUUUAGCAAGGAUUUCGUGCUUUUACUGGUCAAUUUAUCUAAUUAGUUUUCAAUUUUUAAUUGAAA